AGGGUUUCCAUAAAAUUGUACAUACAUCACUGAGCCAUAGUGAGCAGUGGAGUAGUAGUCUGUGGGUGUAUAGGGCAAUAGUACUUUUCCAUACAGAUUUGUCAUAGAAGUGUGGAGGCUAUGGGACUGCAUUCCCUUGGAGAUUAGCUGAUAAUAUAGCAUUUUCUGGGGGAUAAGAAGCUUUGGGAGGCUGAGGCACCAGGCAGGGCCAUAGGUCACUAUACAGGCUGUAGGAUGAAUGGCUCCUGGGGCUGUUAUGAAGCAGCAUCCCCCCCAUCCCCCUGACACUUUCUCCCUCACCUUCCUCCCCUGAGUGCUCUCUGCCCCCUCCUGCUCUCUCCAUCCACCUCCCCCCUCUGCUGAUAAGAAAUGCUUUCUCCACAACUCAGAAUUCGCUGAGUGAUCUUGUCUUCUUGUGAAAUCCUGUUGUUUCUGUACCUUGCACCCUCCUCCAGGCUAUGAGCUCCUGCUCUUAAAGGGGUUGUUGUCCUCUACCAGCCUCUUCAGUCUCAGGAGCAGCCGAGGGCAGCAGAAGGCUUCCAGGAGCUCUGGACAUGCUGUUGUGCUGCUGACUCUUUCAUUCCACCAUGGGUACCUCCACUAAAUACACGCCAGCUUCAACAGAAGAGCCAACUCCUAAUGGGAAAAAUGGAACUCCAACCGACUCCAGCUCCCAGCAAUCCAUGAAACUGAAGAAGGAAAUCUCAUUGCUCAAUGGGGUCAGUCUCAUUGUGGGCAAUAUGAUUGGCUCUGGCAUCUUUGUGUCACCAAAAGGGGUCUUGAUGUAUAGUGCUUCAUAUGGUCUUUCCCUUGUGAUCUGGGCAGUUGGAGGAGUAUUUUCCAUAUUUGGUGCCUUAUGUUAUGCAGAAUUAGGCACAACCAUCACCAAGUCGGGAGCAAGCUAUGCCUACAUCCUGGAGGCUUUUGGUGGCUUUAUAGCCUUUAUUAGGCUAUGGACUUCUCUACUGAUUAUUGAGCCUACGAGCCAAGCGGUUAUUGCUAUUACUUUCUCCAACUACAUGGUGCAACCCAUUUUCCCAUCGUGCGAGUCUCCGUACUUUGCCAACAGACUUCUAGCAGCAGCGUGCAUAGCGCUCCUCACCUUUGUGAACUGUGCAUAUGUGAAGUGGGGAACACGGGUCCAAGAUCUUUUCACUUAUGCCAAAGUACUGGCGCUCAUCGCUGUCAUCAUUGCUGGAAUUGUGAAAAUCUGUCAGGGUAAGACCGAGAAUUUUGAAGAUUCGUUUGAAGGUUCCUCCUAUGACGUAGGGAACAUUGCUCUGGCCUUGUAUUCUGCACUCUUUUCCUACUCAGGAUGGGAUACUCUCAACUUUGUUACAGAAGAAAUAAAAAAUCCAGAAAGGAACCUGCCCAUUGCCAUCGGGAUCUCCAUGCCAAUUGUGACUGUUAUUUAUAUACUCACUAAUGUGGCAUAUUACACUGUUCUGGACAUGCGGUCCAUACUGGGAAGUGAUGCUGUAGCAGUGACCUUUGCGGAUCAGAUAUUCGGAAUAUUUAACUGGACAAUCCCUCUGGCUGUAGCACUUUCAUGCUUUGGAGGCCUGAAUGCUUCAAUUCUGGCUGCAUCAAGGCUUUUCUUUGUCGGUUCUCGAGAAGGACACCUUCCUGAUGCUCUAAGUAUGAUCCAUGUGGAGCGAUUCACCCCAAUCCCAGCCCUGCUGUUUAAUGCUGCCAUGGCUUUGGUGUACCUCUGUGUAGAAGAUAUCUUCCAGCUCAUCAACUAUUACAGCUUCAGUUAUUGGUUAUUUGUGGGUCUGUCUAUUGCUGGUCAACUUUAUCUGCGCUGGAAGGAGCCAGACAGGCCGCGACCUCUUAAGCUAAGCCUGGUCUUUCCAAUAAUAUUCUGUCUAUGCACUGUGUUCCUGGUGGCCGUGCCACUGUACAGUGACUUGAUAAACUCUCUGAUUGGAAUAGCUAUAGCCCUUUCCGGUGUUCCUGUCUAUUUCCUUCUUGUACGUGUUCCAGAGGAAAAGAAACCACAUUUUCUACGUCGCUUUGCAGCGUGGAUUACUCGAUACACCCAGAUCUUAUGCUUUUCUGUUAUCACUGAGUUGGAUUUAGAAGAGGAAGAGAAAGUAGCUGCUAAAUCUGACUAAGAGACAUUUGAUCACAUCUGGAAGCUGCUGGAUCUCCGGAAACCUCAUUUAUCCCAUAAUUUAUUUCUUACAUUGGUUGGACAUCUUUUUGUCACUGAAGACUUCAAUGCCGGGUGGCUGCAGGGCAGUGCUCUGACAUGAAGUUAGCUGAACAAGUUCUCUCUGGCAGGGGAAGUGUUAAUCUGUUUUUCUUUUUCCCAUCAUAAAAAUAUAUUUCCCCCUGAAAUGGGAAGAUAAUUGUUAAGUCCCUAGAUGGGGCAGAAAUCCAGAAAGGUAGGGCUGGCCCGUGAAGGUAGAGGUUUAACAAGUGAUUUUGUGUUACCGGCAGCACUAUAUGGACCCCAAUGAGCUGGCAAUGUGCCUUACAUUACUGAAACGUUUGCACUGACUGGAAACAAAUGAAAAUUGUCUCUUUGCACAGGACUGGUGGGAACAUAGUGGAAUAAAAAUAUUAGAACAAAUCUAAAAUGUUGGUGGAGUUGAUUAGAAAUGGAAUGU